AUGGUAUCCGACCAUGUGCUGAGGCUAUGCCAGACCCCCAACACCAUCAGUUCCAUCCUGGCCAAGAACCCAACUGAAAGCCCUGGAGCCAUCGCAAAGCAACUGUAUGGGCACUACGAGAAAGAUCUUCGUCGCUCCCCAGAUAAAGACAGACCACUGCCGUCUCCCCAGAUACUGGAUUUGGCCCUCCAAUGCGGUAACUGGGGUCCCACGGUUCCGAGCCCUUUAUUCCUCCAGGCAUUUGCAGACGCUCUCCGAUGUCUAGAUGCAGAUGCGCUUUCUAGCGUGGUGUCUCCCCCGUUGAUGGGCUCUCACGGCACAAUCCCGUUGACUGUCAUUGCGCCGCUGGUGGACGUCAUUCGUCAUGUCUCAAAUGUUAUCGCGCGGGCAGAGAGGGAGGUGUUUUUCAUUACCUGCAACUGGUCGCCUUCUGUUGCCCAGAGGCUCAUCAAAAACGCACUUAUUGAGCUGUCCAGACGGGCUGGAGAGAGGAAACAAAGGGUUGUGGUCAAGUUGAUGUACGACAAAGCAACAGCCGCCAGUGCGCUUGAUCCGCAUCAGCGCAUCAGCCCAGCUACUUAUUCUUCCAAGGCUAUCCAGUUGCCUGCUCCUGAGGAGAUCCCUAAUCUUGAUAUGGAAGUCGUCAGUCUGCACAAAUUGGUCCUGGGCACGCUUCAUGCCAAAUUCUGUGUGGUUGAUCGCAAGAUUGCGAUAGUCAUGAGCAACAACAUGGAAGACAACCCCAACAUGGAAAUGAUGACGCAUCUAGAAGGACCAAUCGUUGACAGCAUCUACGACACAGCUCUGAUCACAUGGAAGCACCCUUUCGACCCCAUUCUCCCUUCACAUAACUCUCCAGCAUCCCUGGGGGGUUUGCCAACAUCCAGUGAGGAGCCUCUAUAUCUCGAUCGGGGAGCGGGUGGAGAUCAAGAACGGGUCGCAUUAAACGGUCAAUCACAUCCCGGUCUCCCGGAGCAUACGCCAGAAGAUCCCCACUAUGAUAUUGACAUGGCCGGGGAAAUCACACGCAUGCAGUCGUGCUAUUCUACUAAACCAGAUGAAACGCGACUUCAGGCCGCCAACCGCCAGCUGAAUCUUGCAGUAAAGGACCAUAUUGCACCAACAGGCCCUGAUAUUCCCGAUGGGAGCGAAAUGAUACCUUACAUCGCUACGUCCACUCCCUACCCGGUUCCAAUAGCCAUCGUAUCGCGCCCUCCGUAUGGAAAUGUCGACUCUAAAAACGUGUUUGUACCCCAAAACGAAGCUUGGCUGUCAUUAAUCCGCAACGCCCAAAACAACAUCUUCAUUCAAACUCCGGAUCUAAACGCCGCGCCACUCAUUCCUGCGUUAGUUGAGGCGCUGAAAUGCGGUGUUGAAGUGACAUACUACGUGUGCUUUGGGUACAAUGAUGCUGGAGAAAUCAUUCCAGGACAAGGCGGGACAAACGAGCAAGCGGCACGCAAUCUGUUGUCUCUCCUUCCCAAAGAUGGACCAGAGCGUAAACUUUUGCAUAUAUACGAUUAUGUUGGCAAAGACCAGGAUCACCCAAUUCAUCAAACCUUCCGAACUCGCUGCUGUCACGUCAAGCUCCUCAUUGCAGAUGGCAUUGUUGGAAUUCAAGGAAGUGGUAACCAGGAUACCCAAUCUUGGUUUCACAGCCAAGAGAUAAACGUUAUGGUGGACAGUCCUGAAAUAUGCGCUAAAUGGAGAGAUGGAAUUGAGAGAAACCAGAAUACGAAGUUAUUUGGAAGAGUAUCGGAUGAUGGUGUUUGGAAAGACAAGAACGGAAAUCCCGGAGAUGGUUAUAUGGGAGAUCCCAACUCCGUAGAGGGAUUGAUCAAGGGUGUGUGGGGGAUGUACAAAAAGAUGGAGCGGGCUUAG